AGUUCUGCAUUUCUGCAGAGGCAGAAAGAAACACAGCUCUUGACUUCUUUUUUGUAAACAUUACUGUAAGAGUUGUGAUAACUUUUUAUUCUACUAUGUAUACGUAUGGAAUAGUAUUAAUAAAUGAACUAGAGAAGUAUGUAAUAAAUUAGACAUCUCUUCAUUUUAGAGAGAAGAUGGAAACAACAUUGCUUUUCUUUUCUCAAAUAAAUAUGUGUGAAUCAAAAGAAAAAACUUUUUUCAAGUUAAUACAUGGUUCAGGAAAAGAAGAAACAAGCAAAGAAGCCAAAAUCAGAGCUAAAGAAAAAAGAAAUAGACUAAGUCUUCUUGUGCUGAAACCUGAGUUUCAUGAAGACACCCGCUCCAGUAGAUCUGAGCACUUGGCCAAAGAAACAAGAGUCUCCCCUGAAGAGGCAGUGAAAUGGGGUGAAUCAUUUGACAAACUGCUUUCCCAUAGAGAUGGACUAGAGGCUUUUACCAGAUUUCUUAAAACUGAAUUCAGUGAGGAAAAUAUUGAAUUUUGGAUAGCCUGUGAAGAUUUCAAGAAAAGCAAGGGACCUCAACAAAUUCACCCUAAAGCAAAAGCAAUAUAUGAGAAAUUUAUACAGACUGAUGCUCCAAAAGAGGUUAACCUUGAUUUUCACACAAAAGAAGUCAUUACAAACAGCAUCACUCAACCUACCCUCCACAGUUUUGAUGCUGCACAAAGCAGAGUGUAUCAGCUCAUGGAACAAGACAGUUAUACACGUUUUCUGAAAUCUGACAUCUAUUUAGACUUGAUUGAAGGAAGACCUCAGAGACCAACAAAUCUUAGGAGACGAUCACGCUCAUUUACCUGCAAUGAAUUCCAAGAUGUACAAUCAGAUGUUGCCAUUUGGUUAUAAAGAAAAUUGAUUUUGCUCAUUUUUAUGACAAACUUAUACAUCUGCUUCUAACAUAUCGCAUGUUCAUGUUAAGAUUUGGUCCCAUCCUUUAAACUGAAAUAUGUCACAUGAAAUGACUUUAAAAAUGUAAAAACAAAACUUUUUGCUAACAAAAUACAUACAGUAUCUGCCAGUAUAUUCUGUAAAACCUUCUAUUUGAUGUCAUUCCAUUCAUAAUCAGAAAAAAACUUAUUUCUUAAUUAAAAGGCGGUACAAAAAAAGUAAUAAUGUUUUAUAAGAUUGUAGAGUUAAGUAAAAGUUAAGCUUUUGCAAAGUUGUCAAAAGUUCAAACAAAAAUCUAGUUGGGAUUUUUUACAAAAGCAACAUAAUAUGUGUUAUAUAAACAUAAUAAUACUCAGAUAUCCAAAUGUUCAGAUAGCAUUUUUCAUAAUGAAUGUUCUCUUUUUUUGGUAAUAGUGUAGAAGUGAUCUGGUUCUUACAAUGGGAGAGGAAGAACAUUUAUUAUUGGGUUACUACUUACCCUGUCCCAAGAAUAGUAAUAUCACUUCUAGUUAUAAGCCAGCAACAGGAACUUUUGUGAAGACACAUUCAUCUUUACAAAACUUCAGAUUAAAUAUAAUCUAGAUUAAUGACUGAGAAUAAGGUCCACAUUUAAACUCAUUCCUAAGUGGGCAUGGACGUACCCAGUUAUACGAAGCACUUCUGUUGGUCACAAAAACAUGACCAGAUUUUGCGUAUCUCCAGGUAGGGAACUGAGUAGACUACCUUAUCACUUGCUAAGAAAACUUGCUACUAAACUAUUAGACCAUCAAUGGCUUGAAUAAAAACCAGAGAAGGUUUUGCCCAGGACAUCUCAUGUUUGGCCCUUUUAGAAUUGGGGUAGAAAUCAGAAAUGAGAUGAGGGGUAGAAGCAAGGAGUCUAAGGCCCUGGCGAUUUGGGCAUCUGCCACAUUGGUUCAUAUUCAGAAAGUGUUAUCUCAUUGAUUAUGUUAUUGUUAAGCAAAUCUCCUUAAGUAAUUAUUAUUCAAAUAAGAUUAUACUAAUACAUCUAUAUGUCACUGUUUUAAAGAGAUAUUUAAUUUUUAAUGUGUGUUACAUGGUCUGUAAAUAUUUGUAUUUAAAAAUGCCAUGCAUUAGGCUUUGGAAAUAUAAUGUUAGUUGAAAUGGAAAAUGUAAAAACUUCAGAUCAUUUGUAGUAAUAAAUAUUUUUAACUUCAUUCAUACAGUUAAGUUUAUCUGACAAUAAAAGCUCUGACUGAA